GGGUGGGUCAGACAACGCAACGAUCCUGUACAGGGCCACACGGCCCUGCAUACACCCCCAAACGCACCCUCUACGCAUCUAAUUUAAUUGAUUUUUCCUAAUUACAACCGAAAGAGAUAUAAAUUUUCGUGUACUAGUGUUCAAAGUGCUAGGAAUGUGUUGCAUACAUCUCAAAAAUUGAUAUUCUAGCUUGUGUUUGACUCGGUGAGUGAUUUUCCAAUACUAGGCUACACGUUCUCUUUAGAAAUGCAAGGGCGGAUCAUAGUUUGGGGCAGCAGAAGCAUUGUCAACCUGUCGCAGUGAAUUGUAAAUGCACGUUCUUCUAAACGAAGUACCGAAUCACAAAGCAAUCUCAACAUGGAGGUCGCAAUGCCAAUGGCAGGCAGUGCCAUAGAUUGUUACGAAGAUAUGUUUAAAGAAAUAACUAGAAAAUUAUAUGGCGAGGACGGUCUGCCAGAUUUAUCGACCACGGAAAGAAUUCCAUCAUCAGGCACAGAUCGGGGAUUGACUCCUAUCGACUAUGAAGUCGAUGCGCCGAUUUUGAAGCCCGAAGAACAUCUGACUGCAUUUGGGUUGGCUGCUUUAAUGCAAAAUGGUUUUCCAGCUACUGGUAUAUUGAAUUCGACUUUUCCGACGCAUAAAGCAACUAUGGGUCUAAGUUUGAAUGCAGUUUCUCAAGUGGAGGAUAAAUGGAUUAAUAGUGAAGAAUCUUUACAAUGGACGCAAUCCAAAAUAGCUACUUAUAAUCCGUCACAGAAAUUAUUCAGAUGCUCUGACUGUGAAUCGGUUGGUUAUCUGAAUAGAGUCGCUGAGCACUGGUUAGGAACGCAUUCAAACUUGAGAGCAUUUCAUUGUCCGCAGUGUUCAUAUGAAAGCGCUUGGGCUAGAUGCGUAAGGAUUCAUCUGGGAAGACAACAUAAUAUUAAUAUUGAUGAGUCAUGUGAGGCUUUGACUAAAGACAACCCAGUUCUUCAAGAUAUAGUCAAAUUUCUCCAAAGAUUAAAAAACAAACUGGAUAUUGGGCCUAUUACUACCAAGGCUGCAUCAUCCAGUGCAACGAACGCAAUUCCAACAGAAGAAUAUCAAAAUAUGGCUGCAUCGAGUUCUGUUCAAGCGGGUGUUAAUCAGUCCAGUACUAGCAGUACUGUGUCUAAUAAUUCUGAUUCCGCAGGAUCAAAUAAGCGAUAUAGUUGCACGUAUUGUCCAUACGCCACUGACAGGCGAGAUUUGUUUACAAGGCAUGAAAAUAUUCACAGAGAAGAAAAGCCUUUUCAAUGUUAUGUAUGUCAAAAACAGUUCAAUAGGGCGGAUCAUGUUAAAAAACAUUUUCUAAGAAUGCAUAGAGAUCACCCAUACGAUUUAAACAGAAUAAGAAGACAUCCACCUAAAAAUGCAUCAGGUAUGAGCUAUUAUCAAAAAUACAAUUCCACUUCAACGAUAGUUCAACCAGAAGCUGUAAAUACCCUCUCGACAAUAAGUUCUUUAUCCAUACCUGGAUUCAAUGGAAUACCUAGAACUCCGACAGUUCCUGGAAUUCGCCAACCAGAUACUAAAGCUUUGGGAAAGCCUGCAACACUUUCUUCUAAAAGCGGCAAGAAAAAGGGCGAGAAGAGAUUUUCUUGUUGCUAUUGUUCCUGGUCUGGAGUAGAUAAUUGGUGUCUCAAAAGACACAUGAACACCCAUCUAAAACCAUUUGUUUGCGGCCUUUGCGAUUAUAAGGCCGCCAGGUCUGAAAGAUUAGCCACUCAUGUUUUGAAGGUGCAUAAUAAGAGAUCAUGCGCUAAAUGUAGUUUUCUGGCCGAUGAUUUAGCGCAGCUCACAGCCCACCAACAAGAACAACAUCCUCUGGAAUCAAGAAAUAGGAAUUUAACAGGAAUAGCAACUGCAACCGCUAGCAGUAUUAGUAGUGGUACAACCAAUAAUAUUUUAAGAACCAAUGGUUUUAACAAUGGAACCACUACACCAACGGCCACAGUAACCUCAUCUAACAGUACUAGCAACCUUACAGGUAGUAGCAGUACCACGAUUUGUAGUCAAGCCCAAACUAUUCUUAAAACCACCGAUUUGACAGCCGCCGCAGCGCAAAUUCUUCAGCAUAAUCGUUUCCUCCAGAACGAAGUGAAAUCUUGGAAAAGCCAAAUACCUAAGCAACACGGUGCUGCCCGUUUGUUCAGUUACAUGGAAGCUAGCGAUGGAUCUGAUCCAGAAAGUGAAGCUCAACCUAGGCCUAUGGUCGCUGAAGAUAUGUCAAGUAGAGUACAUCUGACACAUAGAAUCCAAUCGGAUUUUCUUGAGGCGGGAGGUGUGGAAUCCAGUCACCUAGACGCAGAAGAAGAAGCAGGAGGAGAAGAAACGGAACUUCCCUUGUUCGUCUGCCAGACGUGCGGAUGCGAAUUUGAAGACGAUUUAUCAUUGGAAACGCAUCAAUUUACGCACCGACACGUCACCACAUCUCCCGCCAAAUGCGAAGAUACUAAAGAAAAUGUUGAUCCCUAUAGGAAAUAUUCCUGUAAGCUUUGUGAUGCUUCUUUUGAGAAUCAAAGUAGUAUUAUAACUCACAUGGCAAUUCAUACAAAUUUAAGCACCAAACCUGUUGUAUUGCCCACACCAUUAGGUAAUUUCAAAAGGAGCAGAAAACAGAGUAAGCCAAAGAAGGUAGUGGUACCUUAUUGGGAUUCAGAUGAGGUUGAAGUCCUCAGACAUUUAAAUGGCAAGCUUAGAAAAUGGAAAGGGUAUCUCAAUUCAGAAGCUCCAUCUGGUAUAAGCAAACUUGUAGAUAAAUAUAUGGCCCAGUUAGUUACCCGGAGAGGCUUAACUUGUAAAAUAUGCAGGAAUUCUGGUAUUAGUCGCUACCAUACUAAAGCAUCUUUAGUGGUGCAUCAUUAUUGGAGACACUUUAGAAAAAGGUUUCAAUGUGAACACUGUAAUAUGACUUUUAGGCAUCGGUACCAAACCAUUUUACAUUCCAGCAGAGUUCAUACAGAACAACCUCAACCGCUACCCCCUCCUCCUCCACCUCAUAGCAACAAAAUCAAUGUCAUAAGUAACUUAACGGUUGCACUACCGCAAAUAAAAGAGGCUACGCAUAUUUCUUUAGAAAAUGUUUCAGCUACAGAUUUAAAUUCGUUUACAAAUUUUUUUAACAGUUCUCAUAGUGUUGCUGUUACCGAUGCUAAUAUGUCAAACGCCCAUAAACUGGGGAUGUCAUUUUUUGACCAUUCUUUUAUUCCCAAUAAUGUUGUUAAUAACCACAUGCCUAUUAUUAUACCAUCUUUUCAAUCUAAUUAAUUUGAAAAUAAUUAUGUCUGUACAGUAUGUCGUAGUACAAUUAAAUUAAUAAUUAUUGUCCUCUAUUUUAUUUGAUUUUGUGCUUAAUUUAAAUUAACAUCUUAUACUUAAUGGAAUAAUUUUUUUAAACAAAAACAAUUACUGAAAAAUAGAUUUGCAACCCUCUGGCUUCAAAUUUAGCCGCGAAAAUGUAUACAGGGUGAAUAAAAAAAAAGUUACAAAUUUUUUUGAUUUUUAUGGCAACCAAUAUCUCGAUAUUUGUGGCUGUUUUUUAGAGAGAAUUUUGAGCUAUGCGGUUCCUCUAAGUUUGAAAUCCCUAUUCUUAAGGUUUUUUCUUUUAUCAAAACAGACAAUGUGUUUUUAUUAUAUAUAUUUUUUUCUUCAGCACCUUCACAUUUCCGGUUCCAUUUAUUUUUUUAUAGAGAUGAAAUAAUCCUCUUCUGUCAUCAUCCUUAGUCAACGUCGGGUAAAUAAUGAAUACCUAAUUUCAAAGGCUUUCGGGAACAGGUAGUGAAAAAAUAGAGAGUCGUAUUAUUACCAGUCCAUCCUUACUUUCAAAAAAUUGAUAAACUGACUCUGUAAUAUACAAAUGUAUAUUAGGUAGGUACAGAUAAUAUUUUAAACAGGUCUCGCCCCUUAGAAUUUUCCCUGAUAUAUUUCAUUCCAAAUUUACUUACAUCGAAACAAAAUUUAACAUAUUGACGAAAGUGGUAGGCUUCAUUAUAUUUCCUGAUAUUUUUAACAAAAAAAAACACUAGAAAUAACACAAUAAUAAAAAUGACAUUUUGACAAUGGGCAGAGUAUAGAGCCAAAUAAAAAUUCUACAGAAAAAAAAUAUCUUUGCUUUUCAGACAAACAAAAUAAUCGAUCAAAAAGUGACCUUCCGAAAAAGAAAUUUUGGAUAUAGGAAUUCUGUAAAAUGGUAGUAUUACCGAAUGUUUAAAAUAUAUUUUAAUAUUGUAGCAUACUGAAAACGUAGUUGAAUAUUCGGCGAUGCAAAGGAUACCAUAGUUUUUAUAAAAUAUACGAAUAUAAUAUCAGAUAUUUAUCCCAAUUAGGUUAUUACGUGCAAUAUUAUUAUUAUUUGUUUUUUAGUUUUAUAAUUUUGUUGUCUAUUAGUUAGUUUGUGGAUAUCUAUUAUCAUUUUGUUUGUUACGAACAGUUUCAGCUUCAUUUGUCUAAUUUUUUAGUUUUUUUAAAAAGUUGUUCUCUAUGUAAUAAUUUGAAAAUAGUACAAAUAAUAUCGUAUUUUACCGACUCUAUGGAGCUGUGCAUUUUAAAUGUUAUUGUUUGCUUUUUUUGUUACAUUAUUUCUUUGGCUAUCAUUGAUAUAUGUGUUUUGUAUUUACUACAAAUAUAUGCCACUAUCUAUAUGUGAUUUGUUGUUUUUUUUUAAUGCAAAGAAACUCUUUGAUAAGCGAAUUUCAACCAUAAAUCUUAUCAACUCCAGGAAACUAUGGCUUUUAUAAUCAAGCACUUCUUCGGAACAAGGAAGCUUUAAUUUUUGAUUGCAAAUUGUCAUUUGUUAAUGGCAUAGCAGAUGAAUUUGAAUAAUAGAUAAAUAUUUACUUGAAUGUAUACCUGAUGCCACUCGAUAAAAAAUAUGGUUUAAAGACAUCCCAG